AUGGAUGUCGGACGCAUAAAGGCGAUGUAUGUUACCGGCGAGAACCCGCUGCUCAGCGAACCCAACCUUCAUCACGCCGAAGAGACAUUCGACAAAUUGGAGUUUCUAGUUGUGCAGGAUAUAUUCUUGCACGAGACGGCUCAGAUUGCUGACGUGGUUCUGCCAGCCACUUCCUUUGCAGAGAAGGACGGCACAUUCACGAACAGCGAAAGGCGGGUGCAGCGCGUCCGCAAGGCAGUCGAACCGAUAGGCGAAAGCCGACCUGACUGGGAUAUUCUCUGCGAAUUGGCGCAGCGCUUGAGUCGCAAUCUCGGGCUUGGCGUAGAGGACCAGUUCGCCUACUCUCAUCCGUCCGAGAUUUGGCAGGAGAUGGCGGACAGUACGCCCAUCAUCGCGGGCAUCUCAUACGAUAGGCUUGAGAAUGAGGGCGGGAUACAGUGGCCCUGCCCGACGCCCGACCAUCCAGGCACGAGAUUCCUUUACGAAAGCGACUUCCCACGUGGGAUCAAGAGCGAAAUUUGUGGCGUUCCAUCAAGGUCCCGCGGCGGAAGAGAUGCCGAGUAA